CUUUCCAGUCCUUUCCUAACCUAAAAUUUUGUUAAUGAAAUGUCAUUUUUGUGUUUGAUUAAAAUGCCCCAAUUUUAGUAGGCUUAUUUCGUUUGUCUUUCGUUUCUAUUCAAGUUUAAAAAUCAAAAUUUCUCGUUACAAUCUGUCAUAACAUUACUAACAAUAUGAGCGAAUACGAAACAAGCUCUCUCGCAUCCGAUACAAGUAGCACUGCCCCAAUUACCGAUAUAAAGUCUGAUGUCACAUUAAGCGAUUCCGAUCUCUUAGAAGAUGUGAAUACUGUAAAACCCAACGAUAAUGACGUUCCGAAGAAGGGCGAAUGGGAGGACAUACUCGGUAGCGGGAGUUUGAUGAAGAAAGUAAUACAAGAAGGUAAACCGGAUAGUAGACCUCAACGAUUAGACAACUGUAUUGUAAAUUAUACAUGCACGCUUGAGGAUGGGACGUCCGUUGAGAGAAAGGAAAAGUUCAAAGUACAACUGGGAGAUUAUGAGGUCAUUCAAGGAUUAGAUUUGGCAUUGGGGCUUAUGAAUUUAGGUGAACUGAGCCAGCUUAAAAUACACUCGCGACUCGCCUAUGGUCAAAAAGGGUUAGACAACCUGGUUCCACCAGACACAACUGUUCAUUUUGAAGUAGAGCUAGUGGCUAUAGAACCGGAUGACGAACCUGAACUGUUGAGUAUUCAGCAGAGGAGGGUCAAGGGAAAUGACAAGCGCGAACGAGGAAAUUGGUGGUACAGCCGUGGCGAAAAUCAAAUAGCAAUACAGUGUUACCGCAGAGCUUUAGAGUACCUAGAUGAAGUGGAAGGAGGAAUUCAGUUUCCGACUGAUGACAAGGCGAGUGUAUCUGAUUCUGCAUUACAGCAACUUUUAGAAGACAGAAUCCAUGUUUCAAAUAAUAUGGCUGCCGCACAAUUGAAAUUAGAAUUGUAUGACGCUGCACUGCAAUCGCUUCAAACCGUUUUACGUUGCCAACCUGACAAUGUUAAGGCAUUGUUUAGAAAAGCUAGAGUGCACAAGGCUAAAAAUGACGUUCAAACUGCAUUGAGUUGCUUAAAAAAGGCUGAAAAGUUAUCUCCACAAGAUGCGGAUAUUUUGAAAGAAAUUGCCAGUUUGGAGAAAAUUAAAGAGAAACAAAAACAGUCGGAAAAGGAACUGGCACGCCGUAUGUUUAAUGGUUUGAGUAAUGGGAAAGAGUCUAGGAAGAAAAAACCCUCCAGUAGCCCUAAAUUAAUGACCAUAGUUACAUUGGGAGCAACAAUCACAGUAGGACUACUAGGACUAGCCAUUUAUCGAUUUAAAUUUACAUGACUUCCUUACCACCAUUAUCUCUUGGGAAUGUAAACUGGGGAAUUAAACAAUUUUUGUUUCUAUCUUCUUGUACAUUAAGCAUUAUAUUGUUUUGUGUAUAUUUA